UUUUUUGAAAGGACUUGUAAAUUUCAGUGAGCUGUCACAAUGGAGGCUCAAAAGAAAACGACGACAGAGAAAAUUAAAAAAGAAAAAUCCGGAGAGGCGGAAACAGCGAAAAAGUUGCCAGAUAAUAAAUUAAAAAAAAAUACUCACAGUGUUGCGACGCCAAGAGCUUACCAACGGAAAUCUACCGCAGCCGAUAUUUAUACGCAAAAAAGUCAAACAUCGCUAAGCAGCGUUAAAGCGCCUAGAAAAUCUCUGAACACAACGAGAACUACAAAGGAAUCUCCAAUGAAAGACUUAUUGAAAUCGACUUCGAACGUGAGCGUUGUCAGUAAGUCUUCCAUCGAUAAAACGGCAGAGUCCAGCGCUCAAGCUAAACGAACUACAAGAAUAGCAAAAGAAUUACCUUUUUUAAAAGCAAAUUCACCUGUCACCCAAAAACGAAAAAUUUUAGACGACAAACGAACCACAUUUGGUGGCCGUCCGAAAUUGGAACGUGAAGAAUCUAGUGUUGCAAGCAAAAAGGAAAGUGGCCGUUUUUUCAAGAGUGAUAGUAACAGUUUGAAAGACGAAGGCAGUGUUGCGAGAUCAACAAAAAGCGUUACAGUCCCGGAAAACGUCAACGAAAGGCAAAGGAGUAAAACGCGAACUUUAGACGAGAAUGAAGUGAAAAUACUGACGGCCGACGUUGUUGAUAACAACGCUGAGAUGAGGAAUCUAUCGAAGAAGCUGACCGCAAAGCCUAAAGCGUUUUUUGUAGGUUUGGAUGACGGCGAAUCAAAGGAGAAAACAAGUGAAGAUGAGGUAAGUUAUGAGGAUGACUUUGAAAGCUACGAAUCGGAUUUCGAGUCGUAUCACAGUGACGCGUCACCGCCCGGUGAUGGCGGUCCGUCUGAUAGUGACGAUAACUCCGAACCUCAUCACGAGGUUGGACAUAACCGACUCGCGACCUCAAAGGAGGUCAGAGACGAAGAGAACAUGUUGGAUUCGGGUAGCUAUGAUCUUCGAGAUCGGUCAGCCAAAGCGAAGGCUUCAACCAUGGAGUUCAUCGUUGAGGAUUCAGAAGAUCAGAGCGACAAAAAGCCGUCCCUCACCGACGAGGGUUUCCAGGAGAUGAGCUCUUCCAGCGCCGUGUCAAGUUUGCGAACCGUCCACGAAUGCAUUGAUAGGCAAAACUUUAUAGAUUUCGGUACUAGAUCGAGGGAAUGGAAACGGAAGCGACGCGUUCUAGAGAUGUUAAAACGGCGCGCUGCCGAUAUACUAGGCAUGGUCAGUCUGCACGAAGUAUCGUAUGUUUUGUUCGAAGCGAAACCUAUUGCCUACGAAAAGUACAUGUCUAGCUUCGGUCGAAGCGGCCGCGCUCAGAACAGCUCUCAGACUUUCGAUGACGGCGCGAAUCAAGAGACACAAACCGAUGAGAUAUUAUUAAGUCAUAAAUGGACGCAGAAUCCCGUGGAUUUUACGUAUAACGAUAUAUACGUGUACCCGAGUGUUUGUUCUAGAAAAUACAGCGAAUGUACAGUAGAUUAUAUGGCGAGGUUUAGUUUUUUGACGAAAUCUAACGAUUUUAAUGCGAGCAACGUUGAGAUCGAAAUGGAUGAUGUUUAUAAACGCAAUCCCUUGAGGAUUUAUUUGGAACAGAGGAAUGGCGUCGGUACCGGCGAAAUGUUGCCAUACGAAAAAUACGAAAGCAGACUAAAAGGAAUCGUUUACGAACGUAAUCGUUUGAGGAGAUUUUUGAAGAGAACCGAAAGUAAAAUUUUUAGCGCUCUUAAUAAGAACUCCGGUAAAAGAGAAUUGAUUGAUUUAAAUAGAAAUACAAAAUUGCCAUUUAGCCAAGGAUACGUUAUGGUUAAUUUUAAUGUUGACGAUGAUAGAUUAAACUUCAUUGUACAAUCAAAAGUAACGAAAAUCAUAUAUUCGAAAGAGAAAAGCAAUUUGAUCAUGACGGUACACAGUCGAAAAGAUUUAAACAACAAACGUGUUCUAUGUAUUUGGGACGUCGGUGUUGCAAGAUUCGAACCCAUUAAAAUACUAAUUUCGAUCGAUGGUAUUAUUCUGGGACAGUUUCAAGGCAACACCGAUGGUAUUUUCGUGGCAGCGUUGGAAGACGGUUCAAUACAUCUCUGGGAAUUAUCCGAAGAGCCGACGUGGCGAAACGAUGUUGCCAGCGAUCGAAAAUCUACUAAUUUAAAAGAAAUAACUAGCGACGAAAUCACUUUCACUGAGAAAGAUCGAGGGUUAAAUUUGAAUAGUGAUAGUAUUCAUAGCACUCAGGAAGCGAUUCCUUGUGCCUUGCAAGCCUGCGCAUUCACGACCAGCGCUUUCAACCUAUCGUGCGUGGAGAACGCUGACAGAAUCAUUGGCUUGGAGCUAACCGCGCAUGAGACCCGAGAGGCUAACGGAAGAAGAGUCCUGGGACAGGCGAUCGUGCUUCAGCGCACAGGCAAACUUUGCGUGUGGCUGAUAGUCCGAGAUAAAAAUAAAAGCAGCUUUACGGAUAUCGGCAGAGCUUACAGUUCGCGAACGAGCUUGGAAAUGUUUCAAACGGUUGUACUGUCGGAUUACAUUGAUUCGACAAUCGAAGAAGGUGUUGCCUUUGAUUUGUGUGCGGCCAAGCGUAGAUUGACGUUGAGGCGGCGAGAGAGAAUCGAAUUUUCAAUUCAAUCAAACACGGCCAAGAAGUUCGAAUGUGGCGUUACGCGCGCUAAAAGUAACACAGUGUUGCCAGCCGAUAAAAGGACUCCUACUAUAUGGGAGAGUAUGAUUUGUUACGAUUUGAAGAUUGUUAAUGUUGGCAACAUCGAUCAUUAUUUGGUAGCCAAAAAUGUUGGUGAGGUAUUAAACUGUAAGAAGAGCGUUGGCGGUGUUAAAGUUAGAAGAUUUCGUGUGACAAACGAUAAGUCGUCGGUGACCAAUGUGCAAGUCGCCCCGGCGCUGCCGUACUUCAUGGCGUCCACCGAGUCGGGAACUGUAAGCCUUUGUUCGUUACUGGAAAACAGGGUUCUGCUUACAUUGGACUGCAGAAAUAUUUCUCCGGCUCGAGAACCGACUGAGAGGUGUCGGUCAGAUAGCAAGGGCAGGUACAUCAGCAGCGUCGCAGCCCCAGCGGUGUCCGGCUGUGAUGCUGGAAUGAUGUCAGUGACGUCACUAAUAUGGCCGCCUUCGAACCCCUGUCAAAUUUUCGCGCUUCUAAAGGACGGAAGCGUCGUUGCCUGGGACCUGACCACCAGCGACAUCUAUGGGAAAGUUUCAACGGAAAAAUGUAGGUUUAUAGCUGGCGGUCAAAAUAGUUUGGCCUUAUUAACACAUGAAGGUAGCACUCAACUGCACAAGUUAAAGAGUGAUACUCCAAGUGACGAGAAUAUGAAGAUUUUCAACAAAUACGUCGCUCUGCUGUGAAUUAAAUGAUUUUGAAUAA